AAAGUUGUCAGUCUUUCGUUGACAGUUGCUGAGACAGUACUUGUGUUGUGUGAGAAAAUUACGUUGGAAAUAAUAAAUCAAAAUGCCGAAAAAACUGAAAGUAGUUGUAAAAUCGCUGUAUUCGCACGAAAUUCGUAAAGAUGUUAGCUUGGAAAAUUUAAAGUCUCUCAAAUUAGAGGAUGCUUGGCCGUUUAUCAGAGACGAAAUUGAGAUUGAAAUCGGCAGCAGUCAGUUGGUGUGUAUUCCUCAUAUUACCGAAGCGGAUUUGUAUAAAGUUACAUCCCUAUUCGUUCCAAAUGAGAAGGAAACGAACGGUAAAAUGUUCACGCCACUCGGCGAAUUGGUGAAGAACAUAAACAAGGAGAAAUCAACCUCCGAACAUGUGCAAUGGCUUGAAGAAGGUGACUUUCAAGAACGUGAUUUCAAGUUUCCCCAUGAAAGCGUAAAGAUCACAUUGCAAGAUGAAGCCAUCAAGAAUAAAGUUAGGGUCAUCAUGGUGAACUUCACAAGGACCAGAGUACCCAGGGACAAGGAUCUCGUCAACAACAUCUAUUUGGACGUUGAAAAUAACAAAGAUUUGCAAGGCAAAAAGUCUGUAUACAUGAUCACUGAUGUGCUCAUGGCGAAGACCAUUGAAUUCAGAGUAACAAGAGGGACGUCAUCUAGGAUAUUCCACCUCGGAACUGCUUCACCCCUCGUCUUUGGACUGGAAGAGUUCCUCAUUGGAGAUGAUGGAAAAUUAAUUGCUAAGGAACCUGUGACGAUCCAGUCUAAGUCUCUUCACUGGAAGAAAAUCAGCCCUUUAGACCAUCUCUUCAUCCCACCACGGGACGCGGCCUGCAAAGUAUAAACGGCAAUUCAUAGCACACGGCUAGGAUCCACAAAAUGUUAGACCGUCUUAUUGUAUGGUAGGCUGUAACACCUUAUAGCAUAAACACCAGCUUUUAAAUCAAAUUGCCUGAUGCUAUAGCAAAUAUAUUCUACAAACACCACAGACGACAAAAAAAAUGGUCGAUCUGAACUUGAUAGAAGCCUAUCAAGUAUUUUUAUACAAGUGCUGUGUCACUUAAUUGCAUCUAAGUAUUAGAACAAAAGCAAUUUUUACUUUUUUUAGGCAAAUCGAACUGAAAAUAGAGACUGGUAUGCUGAGGUAAAUAAAUGUUGAGCUAUUUUUUAUCUGUGUUACACGUGAAUUAACUGUCAAGUGUGACAGUGACAGAUAGCUUGACGUUUAUUUAUGUCAACGGUCUGUACUUAAAUGUUCUUGUAUUAAUUACUUAAAAUGUUUAAUUUGUGUAAUUAGGAUUACGUGUGACGAUAAACGACGUGUAUUUAAUUGAAGAUCAAUGUUUUAUAUUUUUAGGAUAAGAUUAUUUAAUCUGUCACUAAUAAUUCAAGCAAUGCAAGAGAAUCAUAAAGCUACUUUUUUAUAGUGGCAAGCCUAUGACAGAUCAAUAUGAACAAAGAUUUUAGAUAAUAUUCCUAGAUUUUGUUUAGAUAAACACUUUAUAGGAUAAUUUCACUGUCGUUUUAAAACUUUAGAUCACAAAAAUUAUGUGGCUUAGCCAUGACUUAGGGUAAUUUAGUUUAGUAAAAACAAAUUAUUUGCCUGUUAGAUGAUAUUGGCUAUAAAAUCAUAUUGGUCGUAAAUUCAUUAACAAAUGGGUGUCUUUUAGCAUCAAUAUUAGUAUUUAUGCAUUCCAAAAUAUUUCUGUAUACUUCCUACCAUUUAAAUUUUGUGUGAAUUAAUUUAUUGUGAAAGGGACUCGCUCAGACA